UGAGUCGUUGGUGGGUAGUGGUCUUGCCGCCAUUUUGAUUUUUUAACCCUCGGUGGUGGCCGAAAGAAGUGGCGGCUGGACCGAGCUGCGAGCUUUGAAUCCUCACCCUCAUUGAAUCAUUUCCCCUCCCCUAAACUGAGAAAAUGUCCGCCAACAGGAACCUGAAACAAGUGCGGAUCGAGAACAACUCCCCGGCGGCUGCCCCUCCGAUGAGCAUGGUGGGCGGCGGCAGUAUGAAGGGGCUGCGAGGUCUGGAGCAGAAGCAGCAGCCGCCACCGCCUGACAAUGAAGGGGCGGCGGCCGCCCUGGGGCUCCCGGAGGACGAGGAGGCGAGCAGCGGCGGCUUCACGGUCGACAUCAAGAGCUUCCUCAAGCCCGGCGAGAAGAGCUACACGCAGCGCUGCCGCCUCUUUGUGGGCAACCUGCCCACCGACAUCACCGAGGAGGACUUCAAGCGCCUUUUCGAGCGUUACGGCGAGCCCAGCGAGGUCUUCAUCAACCGGGACCGCGGCUUCGGCUUCAUCCGCCUGGAAUCACGGACACUGGCUGAAAUUGCCAAGGCGGAACUUGAUGGAACUAUUCUGAAGAGCAGACCACUGCGAAUUCGAUUUGCUACCCAUGGGGCUGCUUUAACAGUGAAGAAUCUUUCACCUGUUGUUUCCAAUGAGCUUCUGGAACAAGCUUUCUCUCAGUUUGGCCCUGUGGAAAGAGCUGUUGCUGUCGUAGAUGAUCGUGGCCGAGCAACUGGAAAAGGUUUUGUAGAAUUUGCUGCAAAACCUCCAGCUCGGAAGGCACUAGAAAGAUGCAAUGAUGGAGCGUUCCUGCUGACAACAACUCCUCGACCUGUUAUUGUAGAGCCUAUGGAACAAUUUGAUGAUGAAGAUGGACUCCCUGAGAAAUUAAUGCAAAAAACUCAACAGUAUCAUAAGGAAAGGGAGCAGCCACCGCGUUUUGCCCAACCUGGAACUUUUGAGUUUGAGUAUGCUUCUCGGUGGAAGGCCCUUGAUGAAAUGGAAAAGCAACAGCGGGAGCAAGUUGACAGAAACAUCAGAGAAGCAAAGGAAAAACUGGAGGCAGAGAUGGAAGCAGCUCGACAUGAGCAUCAAUUAAUGUUGAUGAGACAAGAUCUUAUGAGGCGUCAAGAAGAACUGAGACGUUUGGAAGAACUUCGAAAUCAGGAGCUACAGAAACGAAAGCAAAUACAAUUAAGACAUGAAGAAGAGCAUAGACGACGUGAAGAAGAGAUGCUGCGUCAAAGAGAACAGGAAGAACUCAGGAGACAGCAAGAGGGAGGAUUUAAGCCAAAUUUCAUUGACAAUAGAGAACAGGAAAUGAGAAUGGGUGAUAUGGGUCCUCGUGGAGCAAUAAACAUGGGAGAUGCCUUUAGCCCAGCACCUGCUGGAAACCAAGGUCCUCCUCCUCCUCCUCCAAUGAUGGGUAUGAAUAUGAACAACAGAGGAACAAUGCCUGGCCCUGCAAUGGGUCCUGGUCCUUCCUUGGGGCCAGAAGGAGCUGCAAACAUUGGGACACCAAUGAUGCCAGAUAAUGGAGCUGUGCACACUGAGAGAUUCCCUCCAGGAGGCCCUCCACAAAUGGGUUCAGCUAUGGUUAGUAGAACAGGCUCUGAAACUCCUCAACCAUCUAUGGGUGGUGUAGGUGGUGUCAAUAGCGGACCUGGUGGCUUUGGUAGAGGAAACCCAGGGGGCAACUUUGAAGGACCUAACAAGCGUCGCAGAUACUGAAAUUUUCAUUCCUUAAGAGAAAAAAAAUCACUGACUAUCUGGUGUGUAUGCCUUUAUCAUUUUAGCUAUUACUUUAAACGGUUUUAUUGUCUCUGUAGUCAUUAAAAUAUUUUUUUGUUUUGUAAGACUUAGACUUUUUUUGUAUAUGGUCAGAGGCUUUAGUGUAGAACAGAAAUGAUGUGCUUCACUUUGUACGUCAGAUGUUUGUGACCAGUAGAAUUUAGUGUGACCAUGCUGUGAUAUUUGUGCAGUUCCAUGCUUACAAUAAAAUAUAAAACAAAUCAGUUGAGACACUUUUGAAUCAUUGUUAUGAAUAUUGUCCUUAAUUUUAAUUGUAAGCAUACUUUUUCCUUCUUUUAUAAUGCCUACUUUCUCAAAAUAAAAUGUUUUAUCCAUUGUAUACAUGUGAUGAUGCAGUUUGUGAUAUGCAGUAGAACAAAUGUUCAGGCUAUUGCAUCUGUAGAACAUCUGCAGCCAUUUUAGAUGAGUAAAAAAAUAUUCCCACCAAUGUGUACAAAUAUAGUUGCAAUUGGAUUGUCAUCAGAAUGUAUUCUCUGUUUAACUUUUAAAUAAACACUUUGAGUUGAAACUUC